AUGAAAGUUUUUGCAGGAAUUCUCAUAGGAUAUGUUAUCUUUGAUGCUAUUAUGGCUGCUCCUACAAUGAGUUCUGUAACUUAUGUUUCCGAAAUAUAUGAAGACCUGGAUAAAUUACACGACCAUGAUGAAGAACUUUACAUUGAUCAAGCACAGCUAUUAGAAAUCUUUGGAUCAAGAAGUCUGAAAACAAUGAGUCUUAAUGGAACUCAAGUAUGUCCAAUUCCUAUCCCGGGAGAUUAUGUUUAUGAGAGAAAUUUACCACAGCUUCGUUAUCUCCGCUUGGAUGGCAAUGGAAUCAAACCCCCAAUUCCAUUGGACCUCAUGUUGUGCUUCCGUCUCCUUCAGGCUCUUGUUAUUUAA